AUGACCGGCCCUCGAACCAAGCGCCAAUUCGCCGGCGCAUCAGCCGAUCCAUCCCAGCGCCAAAUCACAACCUACUUUGCCAACUCCUCGACACCACCUUCCGACCACCCGUCCUCGUCCCUCGCUCGCCACGCCACCAGUUCCGCGGCCGCCGCGCAAGCAUCCCUCCCCGCCUCCACGCAGUCGAGCCUCCUCAACGUCGGCAUGCGCAUCCGCAAGUCCGUGCCCGAGGGCUACAAGACGGGCAGCACCUACAGCGGGUUCAAGCUCUGGGACGAGCGCGAAGAUACCACCAUGGCCGUCCAGAGGCGGCGAAAGGCGGCCACGGGCACCGUCGUCCACCGGGAGCUCAUGCCGUUUUGCGGCAUCCACAGCGUUGGAGGAAUCUCGUCGCAGCCCGCCUUUGCGCCCGAGCUCGACAACGUGCCCGGUCUCACGUCCUCCCAGGAGAGUGUGGAGAGCAUCUUUGACGAGGACGUCGGCAACGCCAAGAAGAGGUUCUACGCUGAUGAGGCGGAUGAGGAGGAACUUCAGCUCCCCUGCGGCUCUUUGGAUCGGCUACUCACCAGCCCGGACGUGGACCAGGAGAACAUGGCUGUCGACGAUUUUGAGGAGGCAGCCUUCCUCGACGCCGCUGUCUUUAGUCCGGAGAUGGACAUCUGA